UGUGCCAUUGAUGAGCCUGCACCAAAGAGUGUCUGAGAGAGGAGCUGAUAGUGGUUGAUGAUUAACACACAGCUCUCAUCAGAUGAUGCUGGACAUGCCGACUUUUUACUUCCUUAAGCCAUCACCAGCCUCUUUCCAUGCACACCUACUGCUCCGUCUCCUAGCCCAGAUCACACCGUCUUCCUUCUCAAGGUCCAGCAGGUCAGGGUCACCCGGUCUCGCUGGCCCGAGACUCUACCUAUCCUAUCCUGCACCAGCAGCCACUGCCCACUGCCCACUGCCCAGGAUGGAGUCUGCACGCUUUUAUCCAUCAACCAGUCAUCCAGACCGCCACUGUCCAGUGUGCCUGCAGACGGCCAGCUUCCCGGUUCAGACCAACUGUGGACAUUUAUUCUGUGCUCCGUGUUUGAUCACCUACUGGAGACACGGCAUGUGGUUGGACCCCAUCAGCUGUCCUCUUUGUAGACAAAAGGUCAGCGCUAUAUGUCAUCUGUUCAACGACACCCGAUCAGAUCAGCAGUCCAAGGACGUUCUUGGGGAAAUUACAGACUACAACAAACGUUAUUCUGGCGCCCCUAGACGGAUAAGAGCCUACCUGUGUGAUGCACCUGUCCUCCUGCAGCUCAUGGUCCGCAGCUUGGGCACCAUCGGGGUCCUCGUAGGGCUCUUCUUCUUGAGGGUGGCUCUGUGCUGUGUUGGUACUGUGGUCUCCAUCUCCUCCUCCUCCUCCUCCUCCUCGCCAUCAUCAAGUUCAAUGAAGGCAGACCCCUCCCUGUGUGGGCUUUUGGGGGUCUUAGAUGACCUGGUGGUGGUCUUCCUGCUGCUCCUCUGCGUCAUCAAUGUUAACCAGAGAGGACACCCUGCCAGCACAGGAGGGGUGGGGAGUUGACGUUAGGCGAUGCAGUUGUAUUACAUUCCUUCAAGGGGUGCAGCUUUAAAAGAAUGGAGA